ACCGGCCUCUAUGUCGUCACGGCCGCUUCUCCACCUGCACACCUUUGCGUGCCCUGGCGUGCCCCUGCGUCGCACACUUCUAGUGUUUAUAUUCUACUAGCCUACGCCCUCUAUUUUCGCCCUGCCCUGGCUGGUUUUUCUUACCCAGUAUCCGACGCUCAUGAAGAUGCUUAAAGGAUAGGGAUCUCCCUCGUCUACUUGGUGCCCACCUCCCUCCUCAUCCUAUAGACUUCCUCCAUAUCAGCAAUACCAAUAGACAUCAUUACUAUCCUACACCAUGUCCAGGCACCCACGCACGUACGACCAGCGAUACGAUAGUGCAACCGCCCUCCCGCUCCCCCCAGAAGAGGGUGCACUCUAUCCAUCGGCUGUUCAUGAUUUCCCUAUCUAUGGAGAACCUAUCAGUCAUGCAGCCAGAUAUCCGGCAUCGGAGUCAUCUUACGUCACUGAGGUCGAUGAGUACACGCCUUCACACUUCCACUGCAAUCCGACAGCCACCCACGAACAUCUCUACCAGCACUACCACGCCGAUGUAGCAGCCCCAAGAAUACGCUCAUCCUACGCCGAUGUAGUAGCCCGAGGAAUACGCCCAUCCUACGCCGAUGUAGUAGCCCCCAAAAUACGCCCAUCCUUCCCCCCUCCAGUAAACUCAUCUUCGAUUCCUUCCCCAAGCUCUGCUGCCCCAAUCAUAUCCAUAUCCAAGGUCAUUGAUGGGAAUACUUUGGGUUGCAGCCAGUGCGGCGUUGAGUUCACAGGCCGGUACAGGCGUGGAAACCUUGCACGCCAUGCGAGACACAAGCACUCCAAAGUAG